CUUUUGCAACAUCUUUCCUGCAGCUCAAAAUGAGCUCAAAAAAUGGCAAAGAAAACACUUAUUUUAUUUCUGAUAUGGAUGACCCUAACAAUUUACCAUAUGACCAGCUCAAUGUUUUUAGGAUGGUUCUACAACUGUAAUUGUUCAAUGUAACUUGCCAAACUAAUUUUGUGUUACAUUAACUAAAGAUUUUAAAAGUGCUACGUGCUGGUAAUCUUAAACAAUCAUCACAUGCCAUCAUGGAAAGCAAUGCAUUCAAGUGCUGGGUUGUCCUACACCAACUCCCUGCAUCUGCUGUGGGUAGGGGCUGGUGUGCCAUACCAAGCCUUGCUCAAGCUGGUGCAGAUGUUGGCAAAGUUACGUUAAAAGUUUCAGAUGCAGUUGCUCACUCUUCAGUUCUCAAACUUCCAACUGAGCAAAUUAAAGAGGAGUUGAUGGAGGUCAUAUAUAUAAAGGAGGAACCAUUUGGUGCUGGUGCUCACUCUUCAGUCCUCAAACUUUCAACUGAGCAAAUUAAAGAGGAGUUGAUGGAGGUCAUAGAUAUAAAGGAGGAAACAACAUUAUAAACAAAGACUACAAUUUUUGUGAAUUCAUUGUUUAGUUCCACCAAUUGGACUCAUUUUCUAUUGAUGCGCGUUGAGAAAAAAUUCAUUUGCAUGACUAAUGUAAUUCCUUAGGUAUAAAAUAGGACAUUUUUCUGAAUAAAAAUUAGAUGAUUUAUGUUAAAAUGAUACUGGAGUCUAUACACUAGUAUGAUACUGGAGUCUAGACAGUAGUAACUAAAUGAUUCCCAAAUCGCUUCACUCGCUAAAAAGUGGUUUGUAACUCCACUUGCGCAACCUCUGAAUCGUUGCAAAGUUACAUCCAACUUAUUGCUUGUAGCUUUACACAAAAUGUUUUGAAGGUACCAUCAUUUUGGGUUACACGCAAAAAGUACAGCGCCCAACACUUUGAAAGUACAGCCUUUGGUCAACAGCUGCCUAUUACUGUACAAUCCAACAACAUUACUCAGCACAUUAUUAUUAGUAACAUGCAACUUGCUCGAGCCCAUGAUCUAUAGCAAAUUAUUACAGAGGCUUUGCAAUUGCCACUGGUUGCCUGUCAGAGACCACCACUGCCAUGCUUUGAAUGGACUUUCAUAAUAUCUCCCAUCAAGAACGUAGCCUAUAACACUUCUUGAUGUAACAUUAUCAGUCGCAAGC